AUGCUUACGAAAACAUUCGAAAGUCUACCAAAUGAAUGUUUAAGAGAAAUAUUUUCUUUCAUAGAAAAAGAUGGUCAAUCCCUUUUCUCAUGUUUGUUCGUCAGUCGUUUAUGGUGUAAACAUGUAGUCCCUAUAUUAUGGCGCAAUCCUUUUCGACAUUUUCACAGUUUAACCUCUACUUAUUCAUAUACUUUGUGUAGAACACUUCUUUCUGGUCUCAACGAAAAUGAACAAAAAAUCAUGUUUCCUUACGAUAUUAGUCAAUAUAACUUCUCGAAACCUAUUUUUAAAUAUACCGAGCAUUUAGAGAAACUUUCGUUUCGUGAAAUUGAAACUGCUGCAGAUUCUUGGAUACAACAUGAGCAAAAUAAUUGUACAAAUGAACCUUGUAGAAUCCAAUUAAUAAUGGGGGCAAUUGUACAACUUAUAAUGCGAACUGGUCGUCGCUUAAAGGAAUUAAAACUUUGUAGUGGUUACGUUUGCUUGGACAUCAAGGAAGGUUUGAAAUUUAAUAAUUCUGAUCUGGGCUUUACUAAUUUAAACAAAUUAGUCAUUGAAAUAGAACAUAUUAAAAUGAUUCCAAAUUUAAUAAAAUUAUGGAAAAUAUUUCCUAAUUUGUGUAAAAAUCUUCAUGAAUUAGUUUAUAUAAUUUAUGAAGAGGAUAUUCUUGACAAUAAUAUCACAGAUUCAUUAUCUGAAAUAUUAAGUUCUCAGAAAAAUUUAAAUCGAUUCUCACUUGAAUUAUCAGAAUCUGAUAUUUUUCGUUCAGAAGAUUCUAAUGAAAAUUAUAAAAUUCAAGUAGGAGGAAUUAUGUCUGCUUUAUAUUCACGUAAAGAAUCAUUGAAUUCACUUUCAUUGAAUUUCAUUAAUUUCUCAGCGACAAACUUGGAGGGCAUCACGGAAUUAACCAAACUAGAAACCCUGGAAAUUUAUAAUUGUUCGGGAAUUUCUAAAAAAAAUCAUAACAAGUUUUUGAGAUCGUCAUUUUUCCUUAAAAAAUUAAUAUGGGAAGAUAAUGAUCCUUUGGAUAGGGAGAUUUUAUUGGCACUUCUUGGAAAAUCAGGCAGAACAUUGAUCAAUUUUGGUACGGAUGAAUUAUCGAUGGAAACCAUUCAGACGAUAACAAGGUUAUGCCCGAAUAUUAAAGAAUUUACACUAGUGUAUCAUGAUCAAGAGUUAGAUGCAUUCUUGAAUUAUUUUAAAGGAUCCAAAAUAAAUCAAUUAAAUGUUGAGUCAUCUAACUUCAUUUAUGAAGAUGAUAGACCAAUUAAUGUGCUAACGUUUUUAGGUGAAUAUAUACCUCCGAAUUUGGAGAUAUUGAAACUUAAUAGUAAGUUUGAUUCAUUUUCAUUUGAAAAAUUAUUAUCAAAUUAUUCUAUUUCAUCAUCCAAAUCAAUGCAAACAAUUCACAUUGAAGUUUUCUUAGAAGAGAUUAUAAAAUACAUUGAGAUCAUCUUUGAUUAUGUUAAACUUGGGAAUGUAUUGAAAAAAUUGGUUAUUCCACCAAUUCAGUGGAAAGAUAACGAGUUAAAUUUUAUUGAUAAAAUCAAAGAAUUUGGAAAGCAAUAUACAAUAAGUUUUUCCGAAGUUUGGAGUGACCAAUAG